UAUAAAACACUUAAAUUAUUGUAAUAACCUACACAGCUUACGCAUACGCAAUAAAGGUCCCUAUUAUAAAUUUUAAUUAUAACAAAUUUCUUUCAGUUAGGUACGCAAGCACAGUACGUAUACAGAAGGUGAUAUUUGUUAUUGAUGCUAAUAAUCAACAUUAAAAAUGAAACGCCAUCAUCUCAGUGGCGCACAAAAACGCAAACAGGCAGAACUGAAGAAGAAAAAAACAGAUGCUCUUCCAAAAUUGACAUCGUUUUUUUCAAGCAAUCAGUCAGAAUCUGGCAAAGAUAAUAAUGUACGUCAAGAAUCUCAAUCUUUAUCAUCUGUUACAACACAAAUUGAUAAAAACAGUACUAUGGGCCCCUCAGAUGAUUAUUUUGAUGACGAUGAAUUAACUGGUGAAAUUAAAACACAUGUUCUUGUUCCCGAUAAAUCUGAACCUGUUAUUGUUGCGAUUCCUGAAGUUUCAGAAAUUGAACUCGUUAAUUCUAAUAAAAAAACAGAUGCUGGGCUGUGGACGGAAUUUUCUGAGGAAGAUAUUUGCUAUUGGAUUGAUCACGGUCCAGAAAGUUGUCAACACCAUCAGGGCCCAUUUCAUGAAUCACGCCGUACAUAUGCUAGUGGUAAAAGUGUCCGUUUUUGCACACCACGACUAUUUUUCGGUAAAAAAGCCAACGGUGAAACAUAUAAACGGGAAUGGUUAUUAUAUUCACAAAUAAAAGGAUCUUUGUAUUGCUUUGUUUGCAAGUUGUUUGGUAACAAAUGCAUCGCCACAGCGCCGAGCCAAUUUGCAGCUGAUGGAUUUAGUGAUUGGCGAAAUGUAAUUGCAAUUGAGCACCAUGAAAACAGUUCAGCUCAUAAGGACUUUAUGCUAACUUAUUUGAGUCGAAGACAAGGUCUAGGAAUCACCAAAAAUCUAGAGGCACAAGUAAAAGAAGAAAGAAAAUAUUGGCAAAAUGUAUUGCAACGAGUUAUUGCAGUUAUACAAACGCUUGCAGAACGUGGUUUGGCCUUUAGGGGACAUGAUGAGUCUUUUGGAUCUAUACACAAUGGCAAUUUUUUGGGUUUACUUGAACUUGUGGCUCAAUUUGAUCCAUUUUUAGCAAGCCAUAUUGCAAGAUAUGGAAAUAAAGGGAAAGGCAAUCCAUCAUAUCUAUCGAAAACAGUAUGCGACGAGCUUAUCGAUUUAAUGAGUAAUAAAGUUCACAAAGUGAUUGUCGAAGAAAUACAAUCAGCUGGAUACUUCAGCCUCUCAGUGGACUCUACGCCUGAUCUAUCACAUACAGAUCAACUAAGUAUUAUUUUGAGAUACGUAUCGCCGUCUGAUGGUAAGCCCAUGGAACGAUUUCUAACGUUUUUAAAUUUAAAAAGUCAUACCGGAGAAGAGAUGGCAAAUAUGGUCCUCAGUUAUCUAGAGGGUUGCAAAAUAGAUAUUGCAAAGUGUAGAGGACAAUCAUAUGAUAAUGCUGCUAAUAUGUCAGGACGAUACAAAGGGAUGCAGCAAAAGAUUUUAGAGCAUAAUAAAUAUGCUGCAUUUAUACCAUGCGCUGCACAUACUCUAAACUUGAUUGGUCGCAGUGCUGUUGAUUGUUGUACGAUCGCAGUGAAUUUUUUUUCAACUGCGCAGUUGUUAUACACUUUUUUUUCGGCUUCUACUCACCGGUGGGCAGUUUUAAAGAAAUUAAUAAACAACGAUAGCGUUCUUAAGUCACUGUCGGACACUCGUUGGGAAGCUCACGCUGUAGCUACGAGUGCAAUAUUACAAUCAUAUUCGAAAAUUUUAGAUGCUUUAGAUGAAAUUGCUGAGGACAUAAACCAAAAAGGGGAGACUAGGCUAGAAGCACAAAAUAUUUCAAACAAAAUGCAAGAGUUUGAGUUUAUAUUUAUGCUCACUUUGUGGAAUGAUAUUCUUCAAGUUUUUCGUCGCACCAGUAAAGGGCUACAAGAAGAAGGAUUAGAUCUUAAAACGUGUGCCAAUUUGUAUCAUUCUUUAUCGGAUCAUCUCGUUGAAAUGAGGAAUCAUUUUGAAAAAUUUGAAGGCGCGGCAAGAAAAAUAUUUCCUAAUGGGGAAUAUAAGGAAACUCGAAGACGAACUAGGAAAAAACAAGUAAAUGAUGGAAAUGCAGAAGAAGUUGAUUUGAAUCCUAGAGACAAAUCCCGCAUUGAGACUUUCAAUGUAAUAAUUGACACACUUAAUGCUCAAAUGCAAACAAGAGGUGAGGUAUACCACGAAGUUUCACAAAAGUUUUCAUUUCUUGCGGAUCUAAAUAAAUCAUGUUCAGAAUAUGAAAACGAUAUCCAAGUACUGAUAGAAGCUUACCCAGAAGACUUCAAUGAAAACUUCCUCGGCGAAUUUAAUCAUUUUCUUAAAUAUGUUCGAAUAAAAUAUGAAGCUUCAGAAACAAAGGUCACCCAUUCCGAUCUAUAUGAAAUGAUUAUUAAGGAUAAAGUAAAGUUCGUUUUCCCAAACAUAGAAGUGGCAUUUAGAAUCUUUCACAGCUUAAUGAUUACUAACUGCUCUGCUGAACGAUCCUUCUCACAACUGAAAAGAUUAAAAAACCCACAAAGAACAAAAAUCUGUCAAGACAAGCUUAAUUCUUUAGCAUUAAUGUGUAUUGAGGCAGACAUACUCCGUCAGAUAAAUUUCGACGAUGUAAUCUCGGAGUUUGCUCUGAAUAAGGCAAGGAAAAAAGUGUUUUAA